AUGGGAAACAAAGAGAGCGGGCUUCGCACCCCGCCAGCCCAGUCCAGGUUCGGCCCCUGGUUCUAUGAGACGAACGAGCACGGCCUCGGCGACGUGCCCUUCAUGGGCAUCCUCUCCUUCUUCGUCUCCUUUGCCAUCAUCCAGUUUGUCCUGAGCUUCGGCCUCAUCUCCCAGGCCGUCAACAUCAGAGACAAAAAGGAGCGGCGCGAGUUUAUCAAGCGCUCCGCCGUCCGCUUCUGCGCCAUGUUCUUCAUGAUCUUCGUCGGCUGGGCCAUCCUCGGCUCCAGCUUUGCAUACACGUGGAAACAGGACUACCUCGAGGGCGAGAUGCCCUACAAGGCCUUCAGCAACGAACACAUCCACGCGCGCGUCGGCGUCCAUGUUGGUCUCCGCGGUCUCAACAUCACCCUCGUCGGCCUCCCCAAGCGCCAGCACUGCCAGCUCAUCCAGUGGAACGAGCAGUACCUCUGGUCCGAGGGCCAGAAUGAGCUUGGCGGCUGGCUGCAGGGUCGCUUUGGCUUUGGUCCCUACGCCAACCUCCUCGCACAGCAGUUCCGCGCCGGCCAGAUGCGUGGCACCCCGCUCCCCAUCCUCGAGGUUCUCGAGUGGUUCACGAUUGACGGCGAGUUUAUCCGCUGGAACCGCUGGUUCCGCGAUGGCGGCUAUUACUGCCACAUCUUCCUCUGGCUGGCCUUUGUGUUCUGGGUGUUCACCAUCAUCGUCGCCUUCAUCAACCCGGCCACCUCCUCCCUCUGGCUUGCCCUCACCGGAUGCGCCAUGUGGUUCGGCGCUGCCGUGUACCAUGGCCUAACGGAGAAGGCGGAGCCCGCGCUCAAGAUUCCCUUUGACAACCGCUUCCUGGAGCCCAAGUUUGGCUGGGCCUUCCACCUCACCCUCGUCCUCGGCAUCCUCGUCAACAUCAUUGGCCUCGCCCUGUACUACGGCUUCCGCUACUACGGCUUCCGCACUGACGCCUUCACCCUCUCCUCCAGCGAGAAGAUCCGCGUGCACGCGCCCACGUCCAAGGCCGCGUCCGACGCCUACGAGGCCAAGCAGAUGGAGCUCGCAGACGUCACCACGGAGAAGACUGCCGCCGGCGAGGAGGCCGUGAUCCAGGAGCCCGUGUACGAUGCGGGCGCCUCCCGCCGCGGAUUCCAGCAGCCGUCUGCCCGCCGCGUCACCUUUGGCCGCACCUACUCCGUCAUGAACUCCGGCACGUCCCGGCGCCGCUCCUUUGAGGAGCCAUCCUUCAUGGGCUCCGGCUUUGGGCGUCCCCGCCCCCGCCCAUCGCAGCCCGAGCGCGGAUCGCUUGGGCAGCCAAGCCUGCGCGCCCGCAGCUCCCGCCGUACCGUCAAGCACUUUGGUCGCUCUGGCCCCGGAAGCACCGCGGGCCCGCGCAGCGUCCGCUCGCCCCCGCGCCAGAAGGACACGUUUGAGGGCCUGGCCGGUAUGCUGGACAACCUUGGCGGCAGCGGCGGCGAUCUCGCACCGGUCGCAGAGGCGGAGGAGGUGCCCGAGGUGCACUCGUCCUCGUCCGACAACGACAACGACGACAACGGCCAGCCGCCCGUGGACCGCAACGCCAGCUACCACGAGUCGGUCACCGGCCGCACCAACGAGACCUCCAUCUAAUCUCGUCCUGCUGUGCUGUGCUGUGUU